CUCCUUUCCAGAACAUGGAAAGGCCCUGAUGUGUUAUUAGCAAAUGGGAGAGGGUAUGCUUGUAUCUUUCCACAGGAUUCGGACAGCCCGAUUUGGAUUCCUGACAGACUGAUCCGACAUCAUGUCUCAAAAGCCUUCACCGACACGCCCCCCGUCAGACAACUGACGCUCCAAGAUGCAUAGGUGCAGCCCUCUGGGACACCACCCACCUCCUCCAAGAUGUCAUCGCUCCAGAUCCCCUGUUGGAAGAUUGUCCUCUUCCCUGCACCACCUUCGAGUUCGUAAGACGUCUUAUCAUGACAAUUGGAAUUUGCUCAAAAAUCUGGCCUCUAAUUCUGAACAGCUACUUAUGCAGCAAAAUGCACGCAUCACCCUGGAGACUAUGUUCCUUGCUGUGCUAGCAAUCUUCUCAUACAGCAUAUCACCAGCUUCUCCUGCUUCUCUCAUGCCUUCUGUUUCCUAUUGGGCUUACAUCCCAGAUCCCCCCUUUCUCCAUCCCACUCCUUGGGGAUUUCCCUCACCCCGUGUGUUCACUAAUUAUUCUGAUUUACUAGGUGGAGAUUCAGACUCUUUUGUUUUAUUUAAAAGCACUAAUAACUUUUCUUUUCAGGGACACAUGGAUUCGCCUCCUAUGUGUUUUACAUCCAAUCCUGUCCAUAUGAAGUCUCAACUACCUGGCUGCCUACCUAUUAAUGAUAAAUAUUUUUUGACAGUAACUUCAAAGCCUUCCUCCUCCGGACCUAACCGUGAUUUAUGGUUUUUGGAGCAGUUACAUCUGCCACUAAUGUCCCCAAGGAUUGUAGGUUUCUUCUGCAGGACGCGCUCAUCUACAACCGGUCAAAUCGCCUCAUCCCACCCCUUGAACCUAUCACUCGAUGGUAUUCAGCGGGAUGGAUUACUCCCACCUACAUCAUCAACACUUCGAAUGGUUCCCGUGCAUACCCGGACUUAUUUUGCCUCCUUGCCGCCACUUCACCUGUGCUUUUUCGCUGACCUGGACAUUCUGUUCAUGCUGUCACCAUGCGGGCUUGUGUGGGCCCCCCUCAUGCCCUCCUCAUUGAGGGCCCCGGACAUUUAACCAUUACUUAUCAUCACCAUACUUUUCAUGUUAAUUGUACUGGCUGUAUUCUCACCAACUGUAUUACCUCUGUUGGCUCAUUGUCUAAAGCUACUUUUGUUAUCUUACAUCAACCUCCUUAUGUCAUGCUCCCUGUAAGCUUACAACAGCCGUGGUAUGAUGACAUUGGACUGUAUACUCUUCAGCUUGUGGGACAGGGACUGCGUCGCUCCAAAAGGUUUGUAGCGGCACUUAUACUGGGUAUUACGGCACUUAUUGCUAUUAUUAGUUCUGUUGCUGUUUCUACUACUGCUCUCGUGCAACAAGUUCACACUGCCUCCCAUGUUAAUGAUUUGUCUCGUAACAUCACACACGCUUUGAUUAUCCAAGACCACAUUGAUAAUGAGUUUGAAGCUCGUUUAAAUGUUCUUGAGGAAUCACUUUUACAUAUUGGCAAUCAAAUUCAACACAUAAAAACGCAUUUGACAACCAAAUGUCAUUCUGAUUACAAAUGGAUUUGUGUCACUCCACAUGUUUAUAACUCUUCUUCUGUUUCUUGGAAUAAUGUCAAAAAUCAUUUACUGGGUGUUUGGAAUAAUACAAAUGUUUCCCUGGACCUUACUGCUCUGCAGAAAGAUAUUAAGGCAAUUAGUUUAGCUCAUUCCCCCUCCUCCACACCUGCAGAAGUUGCUGCUUCCUUCCUGGCUUCCUUGCAACAUUAUACCACUAAGGCUGCCUGGUUCCCAUCAUUUAUUACUUUAGGUGUUGUUUUGCUUGUCACCAUAAUUAUAUUGAUACUCUUCCCAUUGUUUAUUAAAUUGCUUUUCCAUGCUAUCAAUAAGACACAUGUUGAGUUGCAAACUAUGUGAAUGAUGGCCAAAAACAAAAAAGGGGGAGGUGCUGCAGGAGGCCUUGAUGCCCCAGCCAGAUAAGACACUGGCAAGCAGCGAAGCCCAAAGGGCCUCACACUGUGGGGCCGAAGCCAAAGGGCCUCACACCGUGGGGCCGAAGCUAAAGGGCCUCACACCGUGGGGCUGAAGAUUCCUUGUGCCUCACACCGUGAGGUUGAAAAUCUAACAUUCCUUCACUUUUUGUUCUUGGUCAUAAAUAAGAAAAAAUUUCCCAAAAAAAGUACAUUAGGCACUAUAUUAUAUGCAUCAGUAUAUUGCAAGUAAAUGGCAUGGAAAAUUAGAAACUAAUUAUUAAACGAUUUGGCCUACUUGACAAUGGAAGACAACUUAUUGAGCAUGCCUGACAAGCAUUACAAUACAAUAAUCAUAGUAGGUCCUUCUAUUUUGUUUUCUCUUGAAGUUUCUUGGGAAAGUUUUUAAUAUGAAGCUAUUUGAGUUAAGGAGUUUCUAGGUAGAAAAAGUUCUGAUAGCUGAACAGCAGCUGGUCUCCGGCUGAAGGUCAUGUGAAUAGAAUAGUCCUUUGAUGCUUAGGCUUUAGCUGAUAGGUAUGCACUGGCGGUUUUUCACUGUUUUAAAUAAUUGUCUAAAUGAAAAAAUAAGUAGCUUUAAUGUUAGGUUUGGUUUAUUAUCUGUUAACCUUGAAAGCUGCCGUCUAGCUGAGACCUGUAGGGGCCAGUAGUCUAUGGGAAACAUAAUAUACUAAUUGUUUAUGCUUUACACAUGAUAAUGUAUUUUGUUAUUAUUAUUACUAAUAAUGAAUAAAUAAAGACCUGCUGAGUCUUUCGGCAGAAGAU